GUUUCAGACAGAAACUUCCUCUGAAUACGCAUAUUCAAAGGGCCAUCAAGACAUGGGGACCUGGAUUUUGUUUGCCUGCCUCUUGGGAGCAGCCUUUGCUAUGCCCCUACCACCUCAUCCUGGGCACCCUGGUUAUAUCAACUUCAGCUAUGAGGUGCUUACCCCCCUGAAGUGGUACCAGAACAUGAUAAGGCAUCCGUACCCUUCCUAUGGUUACGAACCCAUGGGUGGAUGGCUGCACCACCAAAUCAUUCCCGUGCUGUCCCAGCAGAAUCCCCCGAAUCACGCCCUGCAGCCUCAUCACCACAUCCCCAUGGUGCCAGCUCAGCAGCCCGUGGUCCCCCAGCAACCAAUGAUGCCACUUCCUGGCCAACACUCCAUGACUCCAACCCAACACCACCAGCCAAACCUCCCUCUGCCUGCCCAGCAGCCCUUCCAGCCCCAGCCCGUCCAGCCACAGCCUCACCAGCCCAUCCAGCCCAUCCAGCCCAUCCAGCCCAUCCAGCCCAUCCAGCCCCAGCCACCCAUGCACCCCAUCCAGCCCCUGCCGCCACAGCCACCUCUGCCUCCGAUGUUCCCCAUACAGCCCCUGCCCCCCAUGCUUCCUGACCUGCCUCUGGAAGCUUGGCCAUCAACAGACAAGACCAAGCGGGAGGAAGUGGUGAGUAUCCCUUGA